GGCCGCUGAGCGCGGCGGCCCCGCCGCCCCGAGGGUCCCGCGGCGGCCGGCGGAGCGGUGAGUGGCGGCGGGCGGCUGCGGGGGCUUGGGGCGGGCGGGCGGGCUCGGGGCUGGGAAGCGCGCUGGGGAAAGCGUCCCGCCGACGCCGGGCGUCCGUCUCCCUUCGUUCUCUUCUGGACUCUCCCGCCGCCCUGCACCUGCCCCCGCUGCCCCCGUCUCCCGCCGCGGGACGGGGCGACCUGCGGAGGAGGUCCCGUGCCCCUGUCCUCAGCGGGAGCCCCGGAUCCGCGGAGCACCCCGAGUGCCGGGGUCGGUGGGUGCCCGUGGCUCGGCGGGGCCGUGGGUGGCCUCGGGGUCCCCUGCGCUGUCGCUCGGCACCAGCGGGCGUCAGGCGGCGGGAUGCGGCGUGGGGGUCGGAGGCAUCGCCCGCUCCUGGGGUCGGUGCUCGUUGUGAUGCCCGCUCGGCAGUCAGAGCUCGUGGGGGUUUGUUUCCCUUCCCGUCGCCGUUUCGUACCAUUGGCUGUUGCAAAGGGGGGGGGGGGGGAUGAAAGAAGCGGUUAUGUCGGGAGGAGAUCCGUACCGUUAUGUCAUUUCAUAAUUGCCCCAGAAUUACAAAUUACGACCUCGCUCUGCCCCUGGAUCUGUGCCAGCGGGCUCUCGCAUCUAUUGAAGUUUUGUUGUGUGUUUUUUUUCUUUUUCUUUUCUUUUUCUUUUUUUUUGCCAAGAAAUGAGAAUAAUAGCUUUUUGUGGCUUGGCCCCUACAUGCCGAGAUCCUGCAGUCCGUGUCUGUAAGUGGAGAUGUGAUGUAACUGUGCCGAGCGGUCGGUCUGAUCCGCAAAGCCGGGACGUCACAUCUCGGCCGGUGACAAUGGGAGCGGUGCGCUGCCCAGCAGCCUCCCGCUGCGCUGCUCCGCGGGAUCCGCAGCCUCUCAGGUUUGUCGCUUUAAAAGUUCUGAUUCUGCCCGGCAAAGCUGCUGCUGUCUGUGGGUAACGGGCACGUGGAAAAUAGCGGCCUUCAAGCUGCGGGUGAUCCAGAUGGAUGACAGAGAAGGGCUGCGCUGUUUGGAGAUGCAGCCACCGCGAGAUCCUCGGUUUGUGCUUCCAGUUCCUAAUCACAGAGGCUGGACCUGCACUACCCUGUUAUGUUCUUACAGUUGUACCACACACCAGGAUAACACUUGGAGGAAAUCCUGCUGUCCUGCCAGCUGUGCACGGGUGGCAGCAGGAGUCGGCAGGGACCGGGGCAGGCACUGCCUGGGGUUCAGAAUUGAGCAGAUCCAUUCCCCACGGCAGGAUGCUCACUCUCACCACUGGGCACGGCGUGCUUCCAAAUGCCACAGCUCUGUCGUUUCAAAGGGUGCGCCCUUCUCCUGCAUCCUCCCAUUCUAUGGUGGUGUUCAGGAUCUCCUCUCGCUCCUGUGACAUGUAUUCCUCAAAGCCUGGCAAACACUGAUCUGUCGGAGCCUGCCCGGCCGCGUGUGUCAAGCGGCAUAUUACAGUGGGAUAUUGUUCUUUGGAAGCAUCGUUUCGCUGGCCUCCUAUGACCUAAAAAGCACACAGAAAUAAACAAGGGCAUAUUGUUCAGUGAGAAGGAUGCAGAAAAUUCUUCUGCCUUAGCCGUCUGGUUAGGGAAAGGUUACUUUUAAGUGUUCCUCCACAUUGCCGGAGAAAUGGCACGGUGCACGUGGACUCGGGCUUUGCCAAGCAGACUUUGUUUGGAAAACGAUGCGUUUCUGAACUUCUCGGACACCUUGGAACUAGUUACGAGUGCAGCAAAGGCCUGCCCAAAUCUUCUCUUCUAAUUAAUUUGGCUGGAGGCCAUCCUAAUUAACCUCGAGGGAGUUCAGGGGUGGAAGAGCUUGCUCUGAAACAAUUGUUCUCCUGUAAUUUGCUUUUCACAACGUGUUGACCCAGCCGAGAGUUUCAUCCAUGAAAUCCUUUGGGUCUCUUGCAGAAGCCAUUACACCCGUUUAUUUAUUUUUUAACAGAUGUUGUUUUCCAGCGCCUGAGUGGAAAGGGUUAUCUCACUUUCUGCAACCUUGCUAUUGUGCUUUGUUCCAAGAGCCAGGGGACUGGGGCUGGCCGGGGAAGCUUACUCACCGGUUCCAGCUGCAGAGGAAGGAGCUGGUCAGCCUUCCAGCAGUCUUGAUGCCAUUGUUAAGGUCUCCAUGUGAACUGACAGCAUCUUUUCACAUCUACGUAGUGAUAACCAGCCAUUCCUUUGGCACUGUGGUGCUGCAGGGAACAAACAUUAGCAGCAGCCUCUUUAUUGGCUGAGUGUAUUGCAGUUGGCCAUGACUUGGGCCAUCCCAAAUGGUGGGGGCAAGAGAAGGGUGUUUGGAAUUUGAGCUAGUCUAACAAGGCUGGAGAUGGAGUUCUGCUUUUUGAAAGUGCCCAAGUACAGGGUGAAGGGGGAAAAUUUAACAGCCAUUUCUGAACUUCUAGGAUAAUUCUUCGUGCUGUUUGUUGGUCCUUGGGGCUCACCCGUGCUGUGCCUUCCCCCCAUUUGUGCAUACCCUGCCACUGCAGGGGAGGUGAGCGUGGGCUUCUUUACUGCCUGUUUUGUUCUGCACCAAUGCUUGCAAACACUGCUUUGGCAUUUAUUUUCUAGUAGUGCAAGGAGUCGAGGGGAAAUCCUGCUGAGACUCCAAGGCAGGACACACAGAUGCAGGAGGGGAAGAUCAAAGACAUAUAUAAUACAGGAAGAAGCAGAGGGUCAAUCCAGAGGAGAGGGCACUCGAUUACACAUACAAGGGUAAUAUAAAAGGGAUAACAACACAGGAGAGAGUGGUAAUGUCUGAAAAUGGAUAAACAAACAAAUGCAUUUAUUUACCCCACAGACAUAGCCCUGAUCUCUUUGAAAGAGGAGAAUGCCGUUCCUGGCUUGGAGCACUCUGCUCCCAGCCAUGUCUGGAGUGGGAGAAAACGUUUGUUUGGGGAUCUCCUCCAUGAGCCCUGGCUGAUGGGCUGACCCAUCCUGCUGUGAUGAGUGGGAUGUGAUGUGUGCGAUCCUUUUGAUCACAGAUCCCAGGCUCUAUAAGUCACGUCACUGUCACCUCAAAGAAAUUUGGCUGUGUGAUGGAUCCCUUACUAAAAAUUUAUUCUUUAAAUUACUUAAUAUUGUUAUGGACACCCUUCUUUUUGUGGUUUGUACAAAUGAGAGCUUUCUUUUAAUAAAAACCAAACAGUAAAACAAAAGGCAAACACAAAACUCUUGCUGUCCUAGUGUGAGAGUAGCUCAUUAGCACUUUGCCCAUCGGUAUUUGAGGUGAGAUGAUUAGCCCUUAGCAUCGUGAUUCUGAGAUGUGAACAACAAAUGGGACUUCAUUUGCUUUGUUCAGCCAGAGCCCUGAUGGAUCACUCUGUACAGAAGUGUCAUAACAGCAGGGAAACAUUCGUCCGAGUUCUGAAAAACACCAUCUUCUAUAGUUCUUUUCAGGGACGGAAAGAGUUGCCUAAUUAUGUUUUGUUUAAUAAAUGUACUAUUUCGUUCUCCUCUUGUGACAAACAAAAGCUGUCAUUUGAGGAAAUGCACCAUAUGCUGCCAAUUGGUCUACGAACUCGUUAUAUCUGCGGGACAGAAUGACUGCGAGUGCUCUUCAGCAAUUGCUCCUUUGCUGAGAAGAACCUGGACCGAUGACAGAGCAGCACAUUACUGCAGUGACAGCGGUGGAAGCUGCUGGCAUUUCAAGAAGCAGCCUGGUCGAACAGCGGUGUCUCUGCCUGGAUGGAUGGUUCCUCUCUCCGUUUAUGUGCUUAUUUCUCUUUGGAUGCUUGUUAGCCUCAGCCAAUGAAUGCUCGGUCAGUGCUGGGUUGGGCUACAGCAAAUUUAAAAAUCAACACUGUUUCAGAUACAAACUCCUGCCUAUGCAUCACUGUGAGAACUGAAUACUCAAACACCCACAUUGCUUCAGCAAAAAAUAGAUCUCUCUCAGUACCCUUUUUCCUUGGCAGAUUUGGGAAGGCGAGCCCUGAACUCUGCCAAUUGCACGGCAGAGGGGCGCUGAGCCCGGCCGGCAGCACUCCUUCCCUGCCCUCCUGCAGCCGAGGAGGCUCCUGCUGCUCUCCCUCUUGCCCCCAUGGGUUUGCUGAUGCAUCUGUGCCAGCGAGAUAAAAGACAGGAUGAUGGGUCUUGCUGGAAAGAGCUUUCUGAUGGCACGGCUGUGAGUGAAACCAACACAAUAUGUUCAGUGUGGAGGAUCUCCUGAUUUCUCAUGGAUACAAAUUGUCUAAAAAUCCCCCUGCUUCCUAUGAGAACAGAUAUGAUGGAUACCGGCAUGAAGCUGCAGGGAACAGAUCUGCUCAGAGGACGCUGAACGGCUUUGAAGCAGACCCCAGAGCUGCUUACUGCAAGAAGCCUCUGACAAAAACCAACUCGAGCAGCACUGAAAGCAGCCAUGGGAGCCAAGGGAGACAAGCAGGUCCUGGUUACCACCAUGACCUUCAGGGUUUGUCCACUUUUCAUACUUCAGAAGGGGGGGUUUAUGACAGGCCUCAACUAGCAUGGCCUUCCCAGCCCAAGAGUGAUAAAGAUCUGGCCUACUGGAGAAGGAGAGGGCAGGACUUCAGCGUGCUUCUGGGCCACUCCCAAAAAGGAGGCGCAGAAAUGCAAGGUUUGGCCGCGGCCCAUGGGGCACCCAGGCACCCCAAGGAUGCCCAGCUGAAAGUGGGGCUGAGCACAGAGUACGUCAGGAGAAGCGGCUUGCCCGAGAGCUGUGAGGGGCCUGGGGAAUGCAAAUGGCAGAACUUGAGAACAGAAAGCUGGAACCAGCCAAAAAAGGUAGGAAGGCAAAUGUCGGAUGGUGACAGAGAGAAACUGCUCCAAGAGCUGUAUUCGCUGACUCUGGGAGAUGAUGUCCUAGGCUCCCACAACAAAGGGAAAUCGCAGUCCUUGCCUAGAGUCCUUCUGCAGGAGAGCAUGAGGUGUGUGGAAAUGCCCUCCCUAACCAACAGCAACAACUCCCUCAGCGUAAGUAAAGCCCCCUCCUAUCCCUCACACAGACUGACUGUGGAAUCGGCCAAGCACCAUGAAACGGGAGGCCAUUUCCUUCCCCUGGUGAAGCCCAAGUAUGGGAGACCUCUGAAGCCUCCAUCCUAUGAACUGCAGCGACAGAGCAGGGCACCUGCCGAAACUGUUGGUUUUCAGGACCACUACCAGAAGGAUGAACCCAUUCCCUAUUUAGCCAAAGCAAGUGAGCCGAGGCAAGAUCCUUGUGUUCAAGACCCUGCUUUGGAGCCCCCGGUCUAUGUACCUCCUCCUUCUUACAAAUCCCCACCUCACCAUACCGCGAGCCCACAUCCCCUCAGUGAAGUGCCUAACAAUGCCACGUAUGCCAGCAGUGAUCAGCAGGACACUGCAGAGCGGGCUGUUGCCUGCCAACGACCAGCUGUGAACAGUGUUGAAAUGGGGGCCGCACCUUGCAAAGACAACCAUCUUCCUCCUGGGAAGCAAAGCCAUUUGAGGCGCCCCGCUGACUACCUGCGUUCUGUUCAGUAUAUUCCCUUUGAUGAUCCUCGAAUACGGCAUAUUAAAAUUGCACCACCCGGAGGUCUGCAGGACAACAUUAAAUACAUUGACAAUGCACAUAGUCCCAGUUCCGGUACUUUGCAAGAGAGAGAUCUUGAAGUACAGUGCAACAGUGCCUUUUUGGAUGCAUCACACAAAUCCAGUUCUGUAAAGGGAGAAAGAACUUCUGACAGCUCCGCCCACAGCAGCAGAUGGUUGGCACCAUCCGUCCGAGAUCAGGAAAAUUGUGCCUUGCUGGACCAAAGAGACAGUUGUAGCACAGCUAAUCACAGCCCCUGUAAUGAAGCCAGCACAGAGUACACAAAAGGCAAACUUCUUGUAAGAAACUCACAUAUGGACAGCACCUGUGAGACCGUUACAAAAGUGAAAAAGUUUGAACCUGGAACUGGGAUGCAGAGCAAAAAGAGUUCAAAGAAAAAAAUGAAUGAAACUAUAUUUUGUUUGGUCUCUAUCCCAGUUAAAUCAGAAUCAAAUCUGCCAGAUACAGAUAGGAACAACAACAUAACCCAGAGCCCUGAUAAGAACGGGUUUGAUAACAAUGGGGCUUUGCAAGAACAAAGUCUCUUAAGUAUGUCUUCAACUGACUUGGAGUUACAAGCUCUUACAGGAAGCAUGACCAAUAAAAAUGAGUUACAAAAACAAGAGCUGUGGAGACCAGAAGAGUUCAAACAAAUGAAUGACCUCAGAUUUAUUCAGCCUGCAAAACACAGAGAGCUCAAAUACUCUGGCUCCUGGCCAGGUGAUCAGUACAAAGACCAGCAAACACAGACCAGUUUCUCUGAAGAGCCUAAAAACCCACAGAUUUUCCAUGGUACAAAGCCUGGGCAACCCAGCAGUAACAAACCACUGUCUCCAAAGCAACUAGGAUGUACGGCAUCCACAGCUGGGUCAAAACAGACAGGGUCACCUUCUGACGACAGAGGCUGCAGACAGGGUGCUUAUGGCAUGAAGGGGCAGAUGUACCUCAGCCAGUCCAGCAACAGCGCAUUUUCAAGAACUGCCACCUCCAUCCCACAGGCCUCCUCACCAAAGGGCCACCAGAGCCAGCCCCUGCCUACCCAGGAGCGGGAAGCUGGCCUUCCUCCCAGGGCUGAUGUAGUUAAGGCAGAAGCAGGAGCUCCUUGCAACAGUAAAGAGCUGUUUGGGCAGUUCCUUCUGAAGCCUGUCAGUCGCCGACCCUGGGAUGCAAUAAGCGAGCUAGAAAGUUUUAACAAGGAGCUGCAAGGGCAGGAAGAGAGCAUGAGCAGUGAGGAAGACUUGGAAAGUGCAGGAGCUUCUCCACAGCCAUGUGCCCUUCCACAGAGAAGGUCACCUAGAAAUGGGAACCAAGAACCAAAACGUGGUGGGAAGUUGGAAACGGUUGUGCCAGAGGUGCCUGUAUUUAAGUCAGGGAGAGUUAAAAGUAAGUCUGAAAGUUGGAGCACAGGGACAGAGCAUGGCGCUGAGAUGGACUGCGUUGGCUCUCAGUGCUCUUCGCAGCCAGGAGGGAGCAAUGAAGGAGUCAGACCAGCAGAUGGAAGUCUGAUAACAGAAAUGAGGACGGAGGAAGCCAAGAAUAGAGCAAACAGCCAGCCAGUUCGCCCAGGACCUAUCAAGAGAUUCUUGUCCAGUAGCCCAAGCAGCUCCUACCAUGGUAAUCCUUUCAAUAAUCCUGUCUUACAGGAGAUGAGCGAAGACCAAAAUUAUCUACACUUUGUUAAACUGAGCAAAGGUGCAGCUCCCCAGAAUGAUACAAAAUUGGAGAGAGGCUCAGCAGUAUGCUUGUCCUUAACUAAGAGGAACCAAGGGUGCUCUGAGCCAGAUUUGAGGGCAGUGGGACUUGAUACAGCCCCAGGACCUGGUGCUAGCAAUUCUGAUCACUCUUCAAAUGCAAAUUCAGUGGAAAUCCCUGUGAAUGAGUCCUUGCAGGCAAGAGCUGCAAGAAUUUUAGGCAUAGAAAUAGCAGUGGAAUCUCUCCUUCCAGAUGACCACGUUGGGCCCCAGCCAGGCGCAAGGCCUGCAAGCGAUGCCCACGACUUUGGGUCAUCAGCAGAGAGUACUGUAAGUGGCAAAGAAGGAAAAAAAGACAGUUCUUAUGAAGGCAGACGUAAGUGUGGUUGGACAGAGAGCGCUCUCUUUGUUGGAGAGAGGGACCGAUCAUUAUACCCUGAUGAAUGCCAGACCACUCACCAGGAAGGCAGCAGUAAAAUGUUAGUGAAGGAGCAAGCUUUUGAACAACCUGUGAGUCCCAGCCAAGGUGGAGACCAAAACUUGGUGUCCAAACCAACUGUGUGUCAGCACUCAGAAAAGAGAGUGAGGAGCACCUCAAAAGUGAUAGAGACACUGCAAGGCAAGCUCACGUCUCCACCAAGCCGGACUGCCAUGGAUCGCUUAGUGCGAAUGAAAGAAGUCGACUCUGUGUCCCGGAUGAGACGUCUGAGCAUAAAAAGUGCAGACUCAGGAGAGGAGGUGGAUGAGGAGAAGCUGUCGAAGGUACAUGAGGAGAGAGGAAGCAAACUGGCAACGUCAGGGGCUGUCUCCAAGCGUGUUAUCUCUCUCAGUGAAAAUGGAUAUUUAGGUGGAAUGGACAAGAAGAAAAUCGACAGAGAUUUUUCCUUAGGUAAGACCCUACUCUGGGUGAUCCAAGUGGGUACGGUUUUCUUAUGUAACAGGCACAAUCACUUUGCUUAUGCCCACGUAAAGCUGCUCAAAUAGUAACAGGCUGUAGGUGGUACUACCCCCAUCUGGUUGCCACCCUCUUUACUCUCCUUGUGGAAGAGGUAACAUGAGUGAUCCUAUUUUAGGAAAACUUACUGUAAAACUAACUUGUGAUACUGAAACUCAUUCACAGAGACUGGAGCAGUCCCCAAGGUCUGCUGUCUGUCUAAUUGUUUCAGAGAACUGCCAGCUUCAAAUAGCUCAGUUCAAAGAUAGUCACUCUUGUGCCAGUGUUUGGGAACACGUGGUGAUUUAAUCAUAGCCUCUCCUUGAAUACCUAAUUUUCCAUCUCUAAUACUUAAGUAGACACAUACAGUAUCAGAGUUCAGAAAGAACUAAAAAUAAAAAUCUGAUGUUCUUCUGUGAAGCCUCUGGGAAAUGGCUACAUUAAGGGGCCUGGAAAAUUCUCUCUCUCAUGAAUAUUUUCCAAAUCACACGUUGAGCACAACUGUUAUCCCCAGGUCAAAUGGAAAGUUGACUUUUUCAGUGAACACCUUUUUUUUGGUAUGUGUGUUUCUCAUCUCUCAAAAGCACAUAAACUUGGGUAGACCAUAUGCAUCCCUGAAGUAACAUGAGCUGUUCUCUCUCCACAACAGUUUUCAUAUGGCUUUGUACUGAGCAACUGAAAAUCAGUUGUUGCCAUAGAUCUGCAUAAAGGGAUAAAUCUCCCAGGCCACCUGCCUAGUGCAUUAAAUUAAUUGGAGUGAGCCAGUGCAUAGUGUGAAAGUUCUUACAUUAGUAUUAAUCUUCUCCCUUUUUCUAUCCUCCUUGCAACAGCCGCCACUCUCUCUUGAAAUUCACACAGGUUAUUCAUUAAACUCCACCAAUGUGAAUCUAUUUACAGUUUUCCAGCACAGAGGGACUGAAAGUAAAUCGAGCAUACUUUAAAGUGAAUGUAUAUAUUUAUUUCUGAAGGUAAUUGUUUACGUGAGUUCUAAGCAUUGACUCUUCCAGUCUUAUAGCCUUUUCCUUUGCAUCUUUUUUAUAUCCUACAGCUCUGCAUCUCUUCCUGCUCUGAACCAUAUUUCUCUAGAGCAGGUUUUCCAAACAGGCUAAUUCAGCUUCCACGUAUCCAUCAGAUCUAGUAUGCCCCACAUGUGUCUCAUAUGCUUUCCUCCCUUGGGGUUUCUGCUGGAGUGAAGAAAAUAACUGUUGUGGUGACAUGACUUCAGGGAUCUAUGAAAACAGAUUGUGUGUGUUUUAUUGGAGCCUUGUACUCAGUAUUAUUCUGCGGCAAAUUAGGUCUAGUUUUAUUCUUCUUACUGACAAUACCAGGCUUAUGUUCUGAAGUGUGUGCCCACUGCAGUAGUCCCUUCUAACAGCUUUCCCCACGUCUGCAUCAUGGCUGUCCCUUCCCGCUGCACACAUCCAGCACUGCAGGGUAACACACAUGGUAGAACAGUCCCCUGCACUGGCUUCCUCCCAUCCAAAGAGACUGACUUGCUGACAGCUGCAAGAUCUUCACCUUGCCUUAGUGAGGCAGGACUGAAGAUUUAUGUUUAUAUAAGGGCCUGAUGUUUGUCGACUUUGUUAACUCUCACUCUGUCUUCCAGACUAUCUCACUGGUACCAGUGAAAGCCAAAAUGAGAACUAGUCUUGAAAAAGCACUGAUAUGUGUUCCUUUCAGGGAGUAAAUAUUUCUAAAGUCCAUUCUGUUUGGAGUGAGUUAGGGUGAUGUUAGUCUUAUAAUUGCAGACUGGGCCUCCCUUAGAGGCUCAGAGGCCUUAGAAGAAACAGGCUUUCACAUGUAUAAUGUAGUUUGGCAGAUGAACAGUCAUCUCAGAGUAAGAGCUGAUCUUACUAUGCAAAUAGUGCCAUUUGAAGAACAUCUCCAAAUGUUCCCAAAUGCGCUGGAUGUUUUUUUUCUUCCUUGCUGUUUGAAGACUGCUUCCGCGAGGCUACUAAUCUGGCCUUGUUUCUGUAGAGAGCAUUGCAAAUCAGCUUAACCAAAUGCUGAAGAAAUGCUUGUGCAUCAGUGUGGGAAUUCCAAUAUUUGCCCUUCCAGAACUCUGAUGUUGCCAUGAGUCUUCCUGACAGCCUGGAUCUUUGGGGUCCUUGGUUUAGAUGCUGAAGAUCUGAAUAAGCUUUUAAGGAAUAAUCUGGGCUGUGCAGUCUUGUGGCCUGAGUUUCUCACCCCACACCCUCAGUGAGCUCCUCCAACUGGUGGUGAGUUCUCACAACGUGAAUGAGUCCAAAAACUGGGCCAGAGAGACCUUGGAGAACCUAGUUUCUGAAAUGUUAAUCCAUUUUUAUUCUUAGGUCAGCCUUUUGCAGAGCGGUUCGGAACUGUUGUGUGUUCUUAUAUUUUAGAUGGAGAAAACGUUUGUAACUGCAACUGAAAUAGUAUCUUCUCACAUUGCCAAUGCACUAAGCUUAGAUGCAGCGCUGUCCUGAAGUGCACCAGCCCUCAAAUGCUAUGUUCCUUUUGAGUUUUUGCAUUAAUGUGGUGUCUGUCCUUGAAGUUUGGAAAUACCAGCAGAGGCUGAACAGUGAUAAGCAGCUCUGAAAACAUAGGCGCUACUGGCACAGACUCCUCUCUUGGCUAGCCUAUCAGUGUGAGGAGAGUGGAAUUACAGAUCCCGCCCCAGCACCCACUAGGGCCAAAGUUCUUUCAUAGCCAGUCUCUUGAUAUGCAUCUGGAUGCUGCGGAGGGACACAUAUAGAAGUAAAAAUUUCCCUCUGAGGAUUUUUAUGCUUGUUUGAAUGAAGACGUUCACUCAUAUCAAUUAAAACUCCUCAGGGUAAACAUUUUACUCUCAAGUGUGAUAUUUAUGGGUCCAACUAUUUUCAUGCUUAACUUUUUAAAUGCAAGUGCUAUGGGGGUAUAGCCUGCGAGAGGGACUUCUAAGGUUAGCACAGAUCCCAAGUUACACAGGCACAGCAGGUAGCAUAGGCUGCAGUGCUGGGUUGUCCAGAUGCCUGUGGGGAUACAGACUCCUCUGCAGCUGUGCAUCCCAAGGCGUGUGGGGUAAGGCAGGCAUGUGCAGGACAGGCAGAUCUCAGAAGGCAAAGCCCUUUCAUUGCAAUCCUCUCCCAGAGUCACAAGGGUGUGGGAUGAAAGAGAAGGCUUGUGUCUGUUCGCUGCAUGGCCAAUGUCAGAAAUGCAAAGUGAGGUCUAUCCUGUGACCUAACAAGAGGUAGGCUUAAAAUAUAGGGCAAUGUUAGUAAGACAUAGUAAGCUUUAGGGAAUGAUGUUCAAACCAUGAGCUGCAGUUUUGCAGGCUGAAGUGAGGCAGUUUGACUGCUGUGAUGUGAUACAGCGACGCUUUCCAUUAUGCCACUGCAUGAAUCUCAAGCUGAGAAAGCACAAUCAAAUAAAAAGAUGCUGAAAACUGAACUGUAUCACUGAACCAGCCUUAAUCACCCCACUAGGAAGUAUGCGGCAUUUACUUAGUGUUCAGUGUAAGGGGGGCAAAUCUGGUGUCUUUCAAUCUCAAAGCAUCUGGACACUAGGAGCAAUCAUUGAGCAGUCAGUGAGCUUUCUCCUACCCACACAAGAUUUCCCAAUUAUAUCUGCAUGCAUUUGAUCUGAGUUGCUCCUGAGUUCUACUGGUGCAAAUACAGAAUUUGGGUCAGGAGUGUAUUAUGUAUCUUUAGGGCUGUCAGUCCAGUGUUAGUUUCCCUUUUCUUCAUAUAAAAAUUAGGGGAAAAAAGUCUUAUUUCCAUGGCUCGCUGCUUGUACUGGUGUUGAAAAAGUCCCACAAUACAUUAUUCGUUGUGUUUUCUUGUCUUUUUCAGACACAUAUGACCCCACCAAAGUUGAAAAGGUGUGAGAUGAACAGAGAAGAGAAUAAAGAUGCCUGCUCUACUAA